AUGCUUUUAGGGUGGGUCAUUUAUGAUCAUUUCGGUUCGUUCAUUACCAUGGAAGAUCCUACAUCUCAAGUAUUUCGACGAAAAAACAAGGAGUCUUUCCGUGUCCACCACGAAGGAAACGAUGAAGACGCGUCCCAACUCAUGAAUGGUGAGACGCAAUGCGACUGCAGAGAAUCAUGCGGCGAGAAUUUGGAGGACGUUGAAAUACGAUCACAUAAUUUGCUCCAGACUUCGCGAAUCCAUCCUCAAGUCCACAUCACCUCGAUCAGUUGGACAACCACUGACAAGCUUAUGACGCAGAUGCUUAGGCCGCGGCACAUCGCUUCCUCUGCUAAGACCGAGUGGCUACUUCGAAUGUCGAAGCUGGUGUCGGUUUGCCGCACAAGGUCUGAUCAACAACAGCAGUCCGUAGUUUAUGCCACCAUAUACAGGCCAAUCAAUGUCAUCAAAGCGCCCCAAGGCCUGACAGCUGAUAACUGCAAGUCUACAGCCAAAUGGAGCGAGCAUGUCAAUCAUGGGAAGUGGCUAUGGCCAAUUGAAUACCAGACCGGUAACCGUUUAACAUUUACCUAUGAGCAAGACGCAGCAUUGGCUGUCCAACCUAAUGUUCUUCCCAACAGUUACUGCGCGAUGACCGUUUUGGAAACGAUAUCGGCUCUCUACAUCAACGUAAAUUCGUUGUCAAGUUCCAACGUUCUUCCCAAGCCUUGCAAUCACAUUGUCCACUCCCAAUCACCCCCGACAACUAGCAAUCGUCUCCGGCCUAACCGUCUGCGCAAACCUCACCAACUCAUUCACCUGCACCCACCGCUCGUCCUCAUGUCCCUCAUAAGAACGCCCGCACUUCAAAUCGGGAAACAAACCAUUCAAAUACCGCCUGAUGCGAAAAGCGUCCCGCGCAUCCCAAUCGUCUACUACCGAUGCAAUCGGUUGUACUGCUUGUAUGUCGCUCGUAUCCAGGGGUAUCCGCAGUUCCGUAAGCUUGGGACAACGUUCCGCGAGGACUCGAAGAGACUUCAUCCUCGGCCGAAUACGAGUGGGAGGGAGGAACGGGAGGAGGAGGUCGUUCAAGUUUGGCCAGGUCUUCGCCCACUCUUCUAUCAGGUCAUCGCUGAUAUCCAUGAGGUAUCCACGUAG